ACUACGUGACGUCAUCAUAAAACCCACUUGCCAAGAAUGUAACCUUGGAAUUAUCUGAAUUAAGCUUCUGUUUGAUUUACUACAAUCUUUUUUAAUUGUAUCUGAGAGUAAAAUCGUCAAAUAACAAAAUUGCAUUGGUCUAAGAGGCCUUUUCCCCGUCUCAGUAUAGAAUGUCUCGUCAUGAGGGGGUCAGCUGUGAUUCUUGCCUGAAGGGAAACUUUCGAGGUCGUCGAUAUAAGUGUUUGAUAUGUUACGACUAUGACUUGUGCUCAACCUGUUACGAAGCUGGGGCUACCACCACCAGACACACAGCUGACCACCCCAUGCAAUGUAUUCUCACCAGGAAUGACUUUGACUUAUAUUAUGGAGGAGAAGCUUUAACAGCAGAACAACCUCAGUCUUUCACUUGUCCCUAUUGUGGGAAGAUGGGAUACACAGAUGCCACGUUACAUGACCAUGUCACUUCAGAGCAUGGAGAGGCAUCUACGGAAGUGGUAUGUCCCAUUUGUGCGUCACACCCAGGAGGAGAUCCUAAUUGUGUGACUGAUGAUUUUGCAGAACAUCUCUCAAUACAACACAGAACACCAAGAGAAUUUGAUGAACCAGCAGGAAUAAGACAUGUCCGUAGAAUACCACAUCCUGGCCGAGGUGUUAGUGGCACGAGAACAAGAAGAGCUAACAUGCAUUUUUCAUCAGGAGGUUCCGCACUGUCUGGUUUGUCUCCUGGCACCCGUGAUACCAUGGAUCCAAUCGCUGAGCUUCUGUCUCAGUUGUCUAGUGUUCGAAGUCGUGCUGCUGCAGCACAGAGUGUUUCUUCACAGUUACAACAACUAGAGAUGCAAUUACAGUCCACUAGUUUGGAGAGCUCACAACACUCUUAUCUACCCUACAGACAACAACUAGAGAGACUUCCAAAUCGUCGUCAAGUGGAGUCCAGUAAAAGUAAUGUGACGAAUUCAGCUAAUUCAGGGAGUUCCACAGAUAACCAGGGAGGACAAGUUCAAGCCAGCAGUAGCAAUGCGGCAAAGUCAAAUUCUCCAUAUUUAUUGGUCAGGUGUAUGGAAAAUGCUGAGAAUUCUAGCAAGAGUGUAGGCCAGGAGGCAUAUGAUAGGAGUAUAUUUGUACAAGAACUGUUGUUGUCAACACUGACAGAGCAACUUCAUGUGUUAGAGGAGGCAUCAGUUUGUUUAGAGGAGGAGGGUCCCCGAUUAACUCCCUCAAAUAACGAGGCGCAAGAGAGUGUAUCACCAUCAAAUCCUACCACACAGAACAAAGUUCCCACUACAAAGCCAUUGCCCCCUGAAAAGAGUAGUUCCACAAUAGUGGCCAAGACGCAGUCAGCUGGAGGAGGUGGUGCUAAUGGAUCGGCAGUAUCAGCAUCACGCGGGGGGUCAUCUCAAGGAGCCACACCAGUUCGACAAGGUCACAGUUCUCAUGGAGGGGUAUCAAUGUAUAAUUCACACCCUGGGGCUAACCCAGUGUCUGCAUUAGCAGGAGCCAGCAUGGGGUCAAAUAACCCUGUACCCCUUCCUGGGCGACCCAUGUCAGGUGGACAAAGAGACAAUAGAAUGAACCCUGCUGCUGUUAAGAAAGCAAUGUUUAAGCCAAUGCCAACAUCUCAAAUGUCUGAUCGUGAGCCACCUCCACAUUGAAGCAGGCCAUACCGUUUGACCUUUAUUCAGAAUUACUAAAUCCAAAAGACAGUGGAUAUGUGUUAGUAUAAAUAAUAUUUAUUGCUUGUAAAUGAUUUUUUGUUUCACUGAUCUAUUAAUUCAUUGAAAGUUUUAGUGUUACUUGUCAUUAUUGACAAAAUUGAUACACUAAGUUCUUGUAUGAAACUCUUAAUCGUGGCACAUGGUAUUUCAUUUGCUACAGUGUUUUUUUUUUUCUCUAAAUGUGUACAAUUUAUUAUAUCAUGAGAAUUCUUGUUCCCCAAUAUUGGAUUUGCCUAUCCGCUGUGAUAUUAUAGUAUGUGCUAUCCAUUUAUGCUACAUGUAGGAGUCCAGUACUAUAAGGCCAUUCCAAAGUUAUGUUCUGUUUUUCAAGUAGCAAGAAAGAGAAGUAUGUGAUUUAUAACCCAAACCAUCAGUGCAUUUGUGCUCUGCAGAACUAUUUUUUUUUUACAUGUGUAUAUCUUGUUCCUCAGCUUAAUUUUUUUUUCUUUUGAGGUAAAAGAAACCUUAUUGAUACUUGCAAUUCAUCUUUGAAAAUGAAAAUGUAAAUUUUGUUAAAAGUUCCACGUUUUUUUUUUUAAAAUUGAAUAAAGUAUAGUCUGUACACAAUUUAUUUGUGAGGUCAUGCUUACAUAUCGCUUAUGGAAAGUAACAUAGGAUAUGAUUUAAAGGAGACCAGUUAAUUGGAAAUGAGGAAUUUUCAUAGAUUUUUUAAAAAGUUAUUUGCAAUUACAUAUUUUACAUAACAUUACGGAAAUGUUUCCAAAAAUGAUCUAACAUAUAAAUCUAUAAAAUGUAAGAAACUGGAAGAAGUACUAGUAAUUUUUUCUUACAUACAGUGCAUUAGUUGAUGGCAUGUAUUUCCCACUUUUCAUUAAUUCCUACAUUUGAGAUACUGUAGAUGACAAAAUUUUAAUGACACCUUAUUGGGUUUUUAUAAGGGAGACAAAAUGUUGAUGUUUUUUGAUUAUUGUAUAUAUAAGCUUUUACGAAACAAAAAUAUGUGAGAAUAAAAUUUUCGCAAGCAUAAUUAAACAAAAAUAAAGUUCUCCUGAAUAAAAAGUGAUGUACAGUAUUUUUUAAAAAAAAACCCUCCAUCCUUUUAGUAAGAGAGCAAUGAAUUCCUUUGGCAUGUAAGUCAAACAAAUGACCUUAAAAUAUUGAAUAGUCAAAAGUAUCAGGACUGAUAGAUCUUUGGACUGGCAUAAGUACUCUAAUAGUGUGUCAGGCAUAAUAUCUGACAGUUUUAAAAAAAAAUUGUGCUUCACUACAAAGAAUUGUACAUGUUGUACAGUUAAAAAUGGCUUUUCAUAGAUUUUACAAACUUGUAUAAGCAGGCAAGAGUAUCUUGAAAAUUAAAACAAAAAAUAGACAUAUUAUUAAGAAAUCAAUUUAAAAAUUUUCAAAUAAAAGUCAAAUGUUGCCUUGAGAAAUUUUUGAUCUAAGAAUACACACAAUAUGCAUAUAUCAAUGUGUGUUGAUUAUUGUUGCCUGUGAUUUAUAAUCUUGAUGGCUUUUUCUAUAUGUCAUACACAAGGGAGAUCAUUUAUUGUACCUAUAACCCAUGUUGUUGCUUUAUAGUUACCUUGCAUUGACACUCUUUUGUCAGCAACCAAUAUACAUUAUACAGACACAUACAAAUAGGCCGAACGCCAACAAUGAAAUCAAAAAGUUAAACCAUUCAACUCUGACUAUUGCUGAUUGUUAAAUUUGCUGGACUUCAAAACUGGUGUUAUCAUUGUAAAGGUAAUUGUAGGAAGGUUUGUUGAAAUCUUUUAGGCAUAUUUCAGAGCACAAGUCUUUUUUAAUGAAAAGUAGUCAUCAGGAAUCUGUUCUGUACUGUAGACUGAUAGCAUGUUGUCUUGGGGAAUAGUAUUAUAAAGUUACAAUGAGCACAAAUCUUGUGUCUGGGUUUAGAGUCAGUUGUGUACGUAAGUGAGUGAGAAUUUCAACUGAAAUGGAAUAAAUUCCUAAUGUAAAAUUA